ACACAGCCCCAAGAUCCAAUGCGCCUUUCAGGAGCCCAUCUUUGGCACGUGCCCACCCACGAAUCGCACGUGCCGCCUCUCUUCUUCUCCUUUCUUUUCCCUGUCCUAAGAUUCCGCUCCCCACCUGAAAAAACCCAAAUAAAAUAAAGAAAAUCCCACCAUUAAUCUUAAAACCCCUCCGAAAUUAGGGUUUUCCCCCCACAUUUUUCGAAUUUUCUUCCAUUUUUUGCAUGAAAUUCUCAGUCUGAACGAGCUUUGUUGAAAGCUUCCGAACAACGUUUUGAAAGGUUUUUUUUUUUUUUAGUUUUUUGAAUAUCAAAAUGGAGUCGAUUUUAGCUCGAGCAUUGGAGUACACUUUAAAGUACUGGCUUAAAUCUUUCUCAAGAGAUCAGUUCAAAUUACAAGGCCGUACCGUUCAACUUUCUAAUUUAGAUAUCAAUGGCGAUGCGUUGCAUGCAAGUAUGGGAUUGCCCCCUGCUUUGAAUGUGACGACGGCAAAAGUUGGGAAAUUGGAGAUAAUUCUCCCCUAUGUCAGUAAUGUACAAAUCGAGCCAAUUAUUGUGCAAAUUGAUAGGCUUGAUUUGGUUCUGGAGGAAAAUCCGGAUGCUGAUUCUUCUAGGAGCUCAAGCAGCACUCAAUCAUCCACCAGCUCAGGGAAGGGUAGUGGUUAUGGGUUUGCUGACAAGAUUGCAGAUGGAAUGACUCUACAGGUUCAGACAGUCAAUCUUCUACUUGAAACUCGUGGUGGCGCUCGUGGCAAAGGGGGGGCUGCUUGGGCAUCACCUAUGGCAUCUAUCACCAUGCGCAACAUUUUACUAUAUACCACUAAUGAAAAUUGGCAGGUUGUAAAUCUUAAGGAAGCACGGGAUUUCUCCUCAAACAAAAAGUUCAUAUAUGUUUUUAAGAAACUUGAAUGGGAAUCUCUAUCUAUUGAUCUCCUACCUCAUCCUGAUAUGUUCAGUGAUGCUAAUUUAGCACGUUCUCAAGAGGGAGCAACUCAUAGAGAUGAUGAUGGCGCAAAGCGUGUUUUCUUUGGUGGAGAACGUUUUCUCGAAGGCAUAUCUGGAGAGGCUUAUAUCACAGUGCAGAGGACAGAAUUAAACAGUCCACUAGGCCUUGAGGUUCAGUUACAUGUUACAGAGGCUGUUUGUCCUGCGUUAAGUGAACCAGGGCUCCGAGCUCUUCUCCGCUUCUUGACUGGAUUUUAUGUAUGUCUAAAUAGAGGAGAUGUGGAUCUAAAAGCUCAGCAGGGAUCCGUUGAAGCGGCAGGACGCUCUCUAGUUUCUGUUGUUGUGGACCACAUAUUUCUUUGCAUCAAGGACCCUGAGUUCCAGCUCGAACUUUUGAUGCAGUCACUCCUCUUUUCUCGGGCCAGUGUCUCUGAUGGAGAAAAUGCUCAUAAUUUGUCCAAGGUUAUGAUUGGUGGGCUGUUUUUAAGGGAUACCUUUUCACGUCCGCCCUGUACUUUAGUGCAACCAUCUAUGGAGGCUGUCUCUGAUUCUUGUCUUCACAUUCCUGACUUUGGUAAGAAUUUUUGCCCUCCAAUAUAUCCUCUGGGUGAGCAGCAAUGGCAGUUAACUCUGGGUGUUCCUUUAAUAUGCCUCCACUCUCUUCAAGUCAAACCCUCUCCAUUCCCUCCGUCUUUCGCUUCACAAACUGUAAUUGGGUGCCAGCCUCUUAUGAUUCAUCUUCAGGAAGAAUCUUGUUUGAGGAUAUCUUCCUUCUUAGCAGAUGGAAUAGUUGUCAAUCCUGGUGCUAUUUUACCAGAUUCUUCAGUGAAUUCCCUUGUAUUCACUAUCAAGGAAUUAGAUAUUAGUGUUCCUCUGGACACAAGCAAAUUGGAUAAUCCUGGUGGUGGAGAGAACCAUAUCAUACAAAAGUCGUUUGCUGGAGCUAGGCUUCACAUUGAAAAGUUGUUUUUCUAUGAGUCACCAUCACUAAAACUCAAGCUACUGAACCUGGAGAAGGAUCCUGCUUGUUUCUCUCUCUGGGAGGGUCAACCUAUUGAUGCUAGCCAGAAGAAGUGGACUGCUGGAGCUUCACAACUUAGUUUGUCUUUGGAAACUGCUUCUAGCUUGCUUGGACUUCAAAGUUCUCUUGGCUGUUCGUCAGGCUUGUGGAGGUGUGUUGAGCUGAAAGAUGCUUCUAUUGAGGUAGCUAUGGCAUCUGCUGAUGGAAACCCAUUAACAGUUGUGCCUCCUCCAGGUGGUAUUGUCAGAAUAGGGGUUGCUUGUCAACAAUUUAUGUCCAAUACAUCAGUUGAGCAGUUGUUUUUUGUCUUGGAUCUCUAUGCAUAUAUUGGUAGAGUUAGUGAAAAGAUUGCAGUGGUGGGAAAGAACAAAAGACCAAAGAGAAAUAGGGAUGAGUCUUUGGGUGGAAGGUUGAUGGAGAAAGUUCCUAGUGAUACUGCUGUAAGUUUAACAGUAAAUGUCCUUCAGCUUAGUUUUCUUGAAUCAUCCUCCUUUGAUAUCCAGGGCAUGCCUUUGGUUCAGUUCAUCGGGAAUGCUCUGUUCCUUAAAGUUACUCACAGAACUCUUGGUGGUGCUAUUGCUGUUUCAUCGACUUUGUGUUGGGAGAGUGUUCAGGUGGACUGUUUAGACACAGAGGGAAACCUUGUACACAAGAACGAAACACUGUUAGAUUCAGUUGAAAAUGGUUCUCUGGUAACUGGGAACGGAUUUUCUCCAUUAAGAGCUGUUUUUUGGAUACAUAACAAACAGAAGCACCAAUCAAAUGGAAAAGCUUCACUGAUUCCAUUUUUGGACAUAAGCAUUGUGCAUGUCAUUCCUUUUGAUGAGCGGGACAAAGAGUGUCAUAGUUUAAGUGUGUCAGCGUGUAUAUCAGGUGUGCGCUUAGGUGGAGGAAUGAAUUAUACUGAAGCUCUGUUGCAUCGAUUUGGAAUUAUCGGGCCUGAUGGUGGUCCCAGUGUGGAGCUUUCUAAGGGCUUAGAGAAUGUAUCAUCUGGGCCACUGUCAAAACUUUUAAAACCUUCAGCUUUCAUUGACAAUGAUCUUGAGAAUGGUGGAACCUUGGGAGGGGUGAAAGAUGAUAUUUUUUUGCAUCUGGGAAUGCCAGAUGAUGUAGAUGUAUCCAUUGAGUUACAAGACUGGUUAUUUGCUCUGGAAGGUGUGCAAGAGAUGGCUGAAAGGUGGUGGUUUGACAAAGAAGUCUUGGGCAGAGAGCAGAGGUGUUGGCACACAACUUUCCAGAGUUUGCAAGUAAAAGCGAAAAGUAGUCCAAAGGAUGUACCUAAUGGAAAAGGGAUUUCACAUGUAAUGCAGAGAUACCCUGUGGAGUUGGUCACAGUCAGUGUGGAAGGCUUGCAGACCUUGAAGCCUCAGGCUCAGAGGGGCAUUCUUCAAGAUGUAUCACCUACAAAUGGCUUCAAAGAAAGUUUUGAGGCAAUGGGAGGGAUAAAUCUUGAAGUUCGUAUGGUGAUGUCAGAAGAUAAUGUUGAGAACGAAAUGGUCAACUGGGUGGUGGAAAACUUGAAAUUUUCUGUCAAACAACCGAUUGAGGCCAUUGUAACCAAGGAUGAACUUCAGCACCUUGCUUUCCUGUGCAAAUCUGAAGUUGAUUCAAUGGGUCGUUUAGCUGCUGGAGUCUUGCGGCUGCUCAAGCUGGAAAAAUCGCUUGGCAAGGAAGCCAUAGAUAAACUUAGCAACCUUGGAACUGAGGGUUUUGACAAGAUUUUCUCAUCAGAUAAGCUUGGCCGAGGCAGCAGUGCUGGAAGUAUUGGGCUAUCUCCUUCAUCAAAAGAGAUUAAUGAAGACCAGCGCUCAACUGUGGCUUUGCUCGAGGAGGCAGUUUUGGAUUCACAGACCAAGUGUGCUGCUCUUCUUGCUGAAAUGUCUAAUUCAGAAUCUUCUGAGAAGAAGCUUACAAAUAUAGAAGAACUGAGACAGAAACUGGAUAGUAUGCAGAGUUUACUGGUGCAAUUGCGGGGACAAAUGUGAUUAGCUAUUUUCUUCUCAUUCUUUGUUGUAAAAUUUUGGGACAGAAAGCAUCCCCAGUUAUAUAGUUUACUCAAUUCUUUUCUGUAUAUAGUACAAAUAUAUAAACACAUGUCUGAGUGUAUGUGCCGAGUUGGCAUAAAAGAAAGCCCUUUUUUGGUGUAAUCUCUCAAACUUUUUAUCUUAAUACAUGUCUGAGUGUAUGUGCCGAGUUGGCAUAAAAGAAAGCCCUUUUUUGGUGUAAUCUCUCAAACUUUGUAUCUUAAUACAUGUCUGAGUGUAUGUGCCGAGUUGGCAUAAAAGAAAGCCCUUUUUUGGUGUAAUCUCUCAAACUUUGUAUCUUACAAAAAUGACAUUUUCCCGAGUUUUAGUUGUUA